AGCCAGUCAAUGAUUGACGGGAGAUCUCAGGGCAGAGUGGAGUGGUUGUUGAGUAAGCGGUAAACUCUUACUAAAGCGAGCUACGUCUUCUACCGAUUGUCACUGUGACUGUUUUAAAAAAACAUAAUCGUUCAAGGCUGUUCUUGACGUUGGAAUACCGUUGACUGUGAGUAGGACGAGAAAACGAUGCAUUUUGACCCUUGAUUUUUGCGUAUCCUUACCGUUCGUCCAGAGCUGAUAAUGCCUAAAAUGAAGCUGCCCAUACGAACUGGGGAGGAAGAGGGUGAGGAUGAAGAGCAAGAGCAAACUAAACAACAUAUCCCAAGGUCUGUCUCUCCUUCGACUUUUGAGAGAUAUCACGGAUCUUCAGGAGAAGGAUAUCCUUCAGGUUUGAGCAAGGAAACUGUCUUCGAAUGGUUCGGCUUACAUCUAAACUCCGCCAAGCGUAUUGAGUUCAUGUAUGGGUUGCUACAUAUGUGCCAGCCGCUGGAGCUCCGCUUUUUGGGGUCCUGCCUGGAGGACUUGGCGAGGAAAGAUUACUACGUUCUCCGGGACUGUGAGACACGGGCUAACAGUCCGAGUGAUAUGGGUCUUUUGUCAGACGUGAUAGACCCUGUCGUGCGGUCCAAAUUGCUAGUCUGGCUGUCCCUCCUGGGAUCUGAUAACAGGGAAUGUGCGGGGAUACUGUUUCGCAUUUUGAACCAUGUGGAUCCCGCCCUGUACUACAAAAACUAUGGCCUUCCUAUCUCUGGAUAUAGGGACCCACCUUGCAUACCAUUUCACACCUCGUGCGAGGAUGGGGACGUGUUCGGUAACGGGAGAUCCGAACAGGGUUGCAGGCCGCUGGUGGAGACAGGACUAGGGGCUGGACUUCUGGAGCAACUGGCAUUGCUGUUCACUAUGGCUUCGCUACACCCAGCCUUUCCCUUUCACCAAAGGGAAACUCUCCGCGGUCAACUGGAAAAAGUAGAGCUGGCUAUUCGAGAGCAAACUAAAGUUCUGCAUACACAGUCCACUAAUAGCCAGAACAAGACGCUAAGGUCAGAGUAUCUCUCCCCCAUCACGGAGGCGGGAGGGAGGGAGACGAGGGGCCAAAGCCACACCUCCUGCCAGUCCCCCUCCAGGAGAGCGCAGAGGGAAGCUGUUCACAUAGAGAAGAUCGUGUUGAAAAGCAUCUCGCGAACGAAGACCGACCGGGAAUACAGCUUUGAGGUGAAGUGGUCAGACUCAACGUCGAGCAGCGUAACAAAAACCCACCAAGAGCUGGAGAACUUCUUGCUGAAGCUUCCUAAGGAGCAGUCCACGGAGUCGUUUGAGAGGGGCCUCCUGCGCCUCCUCAACCAGGCAGAGAAGUACGAGCAGCGCGAGGUGGAGCGCAACCUCAAGGAGAAGUUCCUGUCGGCUCCUCCCGGUUUCCGCCAGACGGGGAAGGUGUGCGGCUUCUUCCUCAGAGAGACAACCUGCUCCAGCACCAGCUGCAGCACAUGUAACCCCGGUAACUCCGUGCUCUUAGGGAAAGCCUACGACGAGGACGGCUCCGAAGCAUCCAGCCAAGAGGAAGAUCCUGAGCCUUACGUCCAAGGUCACCGCAAGAAGCCCAGCAGCAAGAGCACCAGCCUCAGUGUGCCUAACUCCAGGGGUGUGCAGUGUGAGGGCCGCCAGCAGCAGCAGCAGCAGCAGCAGCAGCAGCAUCACGCCUCCGAGCAUAACGGCCUUCCGGAGUGGAGACGGAAGAACUGCAGCAGCUCUCACGAACCCUCACAACAGACUACGGACGACAGGCGGAGCACCAGUGCAAAGACCAAGUCCAGAGCGCCCCCUCUCCCCAGGGAGAAGGAGAAGCGGGGCGAGAGGGGUGAGCGGGGUGAGCGGCGUGCGGUGUGUGUGACCAACGGUGUCACAGCCUCUCCAAACCGCCUGAGAGAACAGCAGCCAGAGGCAAAAGGGCGGGACGCGUAUGUAGACACGUCAUCAGAGAGCUACAGCUCCCCGCCGAGCCCCCAGCGAGACGCACCAGAGAGCCAGGACAGCGAAGACGAGAAGGACAAAGACACAGACAGCCAUUCUGAUGACUGUAGCAAACCUCCUCCUGAGCCCCUCCUCCUCAAGCCCUCCCCCUCCCCAUCAGCUCCCCCCGUGGCAUCCGUGCAUCCCAUAGUCCUGCCCAAACAGCCCCAAACCCAGCCACCAGGGGGCAUCUCCUCCCCCAUGCACCUCCCCGAGAGCCCCCUGCCGCCGGCUGACUUUGGGCCCAUCCCCUUGGCCAUGACGGUCUCCUACCUGCUCCAGAACGGCUCGGACGGCUCCAGUAGUGCCGCCGCCGCCGCCGCUGGGACCGGAGCCGUUACCAUGGGAGCCUCCAACAUGCCCCCACACGCAGCACCACUUCCACCUCCACAGCCCCUCCCCCUCGCCACAGACGGCCACGCCCACGGGCUCGGGCUCGGCCACGGACUCUCCAAGGGCCUGAUGAUGCCGGUGGUGCUGCCCAGCUCCAUGC